AUGGAUUCGAACUCGAACUCGAACUCGAACUCGAAUACGACUACGAAUUCCCUCCCAGCAAGUUUAUGGGGCAAGAAGGGCGAACUCGUUCGACCACCGGCUCAAUUUCGAAAUUUCAUCUCUCGAGAUCCCGGGGCAAGGUUCCCUCCAGAAGCGAACAGAUACCAUCUAUACGUGUCUUAUGCCUGUCCAUGGGCUCACCGAACGUUGAUCGUCCGGAAACUCAAAGGUCUCGAGUCUUUGAUAUCGGUCACGUCGGUGCACUGGCACAUGUCACUGACGGACAGUUGGCGGUUCGUCACACCCGACGAGAAACUUCCAAUGGACGACUGUACUCCUGACCCUUUGCACUCGGACGUCAAAAGACCCAAGGAGUUGUACCUGAGAGCCAACCCGGAUUACCAGGGACGAUUUUCCGUUCCCGUGUUGUGGGACAAGACACUCGAGACCAUCGUGAGCAACGAGAGUAGCGAAAUCAUCCGUAUGCUUUACACCGAGUUUGACGACCUUUUGCCGGAAGACAAGCGAGCCGUGGAUUUGUAUCCUGUGGAAUUGAGGGAGAAGAUCGACGAAGCCAAUGGUUGGACAUAUGAGAAUAUCAAUAAUGGAGUUUACAAAUGUGGUUUGGCCAAAACACAAGAAGUGUAUCACGAAGCCGUCAGCAAUUUGUUCAAUCAUUUGGACAAGGUCGAAUCUCAUCUUGCUUCACGUAGCAGUCCUGGACCUUACUAUUUCGGUGCCGAGAUCACAGAGGCAGAUAUUCGGUUGUAUGUCACCAUGAUCCGAUUCGACCCGGUCUACGUGUCUCUUUUCAAGACGAACAAGGGCAUGAUUCGGUAUCAAUACCCUAACAUCCACAAAUGGUUGAGGAACUUGUAUUGGACCGUGCCGGCUUUCAAGGACACCACCAGUUUUGAGCAUAUCAAGAACCAUUAUUUCGUGAGUUUGACCAUUUUGAACCCGGCCGGUGUCGUGCCCGAAGGUCCCACGCCACAUGUUUUGCCGUUGGAGGCACGAAACUAG